ACGCCAACUACCCCACGACAUCGAAACGCAUUGUCAAAGAAGAUCCCCGUCACGCCGUCCAGGCAUGGCACGCUUUUCGCCAGAGGCCAGCUUACACCACGAUCGCCCCGAACACCGCGCACCCCUGGUACUGCAGCUUCGGUAUACAAUCAAGCGCGACAAAUAUUCGCUCGCAGCUCGAAUCCCGGAAAACUCGUGGGACGAGAUGAAGAGAGGGCACAAUUAUCGGAGUUCAUUUCUACUGCUUCGGCGGCAAAGUCGACAGGAUGCUUGUACGUGUCAGGACCGCCUGGCACUGGAAAGAGCGCGCUGCUGGACGAGGUCAUUCGUGAGCAUACUGAGGAUGGCAAGAUCCCACUUUCAGUGGUCAAUUGCAUGAGUGUGCGAAAUGCGAAGGAUCUCAGUCAAAAGCUGGCGGAAGAUCUGGACUUGCAAGAGGAGGCUGGGUUUGACUACCUGAAGUCAUGCUUUGUUAGAGGAAAAGCGCGGGACACACAAAAAUACCUGGUCGUACUGGACGAGGUGGACAGACUGGUUGACCUGGAUCUGGGGCUCCUCUACAGCCUUUUCGAAUGGUCAAUGAUGCCCUCAUCACGGCUUAUCUUGAUAGGCAUCGCCAACGCCCUGGAUCUCACGGACCGUUUCCUACCACGACUGAAAUCACGGAACCUCAAGCCUGAGCUGCUCCCAUUCAUGCCCUACAGCGCAACACAAAUUGCCGAAGUCAUCACCUCGAAGCUGAAAAGUAUCUCGACUGUCGACGCGGACACAGUUCCGUUCCUACACCCAGCAGCCAUCCUCUUCUGCGCGAAGAAAGUCGCAUCUCAGACUGGCGAUCUUCGCAAAGCCUUCGACAUUUGCCGUCGAGCAAUCGAGCUCAUCGACAAUGAAGUCCGCUCCAAAGAACUGGUCGCGGCGGACAGCCCUUCGAAACUACCACUCGGCGAGAACCUCAACCUCAGCUCAUCUCCUUCAAAACCACAGCCAAUACUCUACACAGUCUCCACGGCGCCUAAGGCAACGAUUGCGCACAUGGCCAAAGCCACAUCCCAGGCCUUUUCCAACGGUGCCGUGCAACGUCUCUCCUCUCUCAACCUGCAGCAAAAAGCCGUCCUUUGCGCUCUCGCAGCAACAGAAAAGCGUGCUCAAGAGGCGGAAGUGCCAUGGGCGGCACCAUCAACACCCUCGAAAUCCCAAACUUACGCACCAACGAUCAAAGCACUCUUUGAGACAUAUACCACACUCUGCAAGAAAGAACACCUCUUUCACCCUCUGUCCUCAGCAGAGUUUCGAGAUGUGGUCUCCGGACUGGAGACUCUCAGCCUCGUGUCUGCAGUUGAGGGCAGCGGGAAAGGCGGCAGUUUCGGAGCGUUGAUGACACCAGUCAAGACGCCUGGAAAGGGAAGGAAAGGUGGUUGGGCGACUGGGACUGUAGGAGAUGAGAGGAGGAUGAAGAGCGCGGUGGGAGUGAAGGAGCUAAUGAGUGUGGUCGAGAAGGGUGUUGCGGGUGAACUGCUGAGGGAGAUGGUCGAG